AUGACCAAAAAGUCGCUACAGUCUGCUGCAGCCUCCACAGCACCACACGGAGGAAAUCUAACUCCACAACAGCAGAACGAACAAGCUCUUUUGUUGGAGCCCUUUUAUGAGAGACUGAUUGGAAUGAAUUUUGACCAAAGUGCCACUGCUAUUGAACGAUGCAGAGAUUUAUGUGCUGAAUAUGGCUUCACUGUGAAACAAGAAGCUAGUACACAUCGAAAUAUUUAUGUCUAUUGUUCUCGAGAAGGUUUGCCUGAUUCUCUGCGUAACCCGAAAUCAAAUCCACAACGAAAGAGGCCUUCCAAGCGAUGCGACUGCCGAUGGAGAGUCGUCUUGUAUGAAAAUGAGUCAAGCAAAUGGGAGUUUAGAAAGUCGCUCAAUCCUGAAGCUGGAAAACACAAUCAUGAAUUGAUGCGUCCUGAGGAUAUUGAACGCUCGUGGCCCAAAGAAGUGACCGAUCUCAUUUGCGAAUUGGCUCGUUUACGUAUGACAACUCAAGACAUUCGAGGACGUGUGCGAGAUCAAUUUCCUAAUAUACAUUGGAACGAGCGCCGGUUUUACAAUCGUCUCUCUGAAGAGCGUCAAAAGAUCAAGCUGCGAGAUUCCAUCGACAGAACGCAUCAAUUGAGCGACCUUUGGAGCAAAGUGUGCAUGGCAACUGCUGGAAACGACGACCUCUUUCAAUUUGUCAAGCAGGAGCUGGUCAUGCUGUUUCAAUCUAUAUGCGAAACUGUUCAGAUCGACUCACAGACAUUUCCUGCGCCUUAUAUCUUUAGAGACGAUAACGACAACGACGCAGCCAGCGAAUCAUCCGCCAUGGAUCCAUCCUACAGCCAUGCUUACGAACGGCCUGAAGUCAGACGAUCCUCCUCCAGAUCAAGCACCACUACCACGAUGACAGCAGGCAAAGGCGACAAUGCGCCCAAAGGCUACAUUGCUGUGGAGAUUCCAAAGCAAAUCUAUUACAUCAAGAUACACAACCAACGCCAGCUUCACGAGACGCAAUUAAUAAAGACGCAACAUAGAACUCGGACGCUCUCAGAAGACCAAUCUGCUGGAGAGCCACUUCGAAAGCAAGCGAGAAAGGGCAAGGGAAGGCAAUUGACGUACAACGAUGACAAUCGACUGCCUCCUGACACAACGAUGCAGCACGAUAGUUUGCCGCUUAUGGGUCACUCUUCAUCGCCCUAUCCUACGAAUAGCCAGAGACCACCUUCUUCCAUGAAUUCGUCCAGACACCAGCCUCAGUUGCAGCAGCCAGCGACCACGUUUGUGUAUUCGUACGAGAGCAACAUGGGAUUGGAUACUUCUUUGACCGGCUAUGUGAAUCCAUCCUUUCAGAGUAAUUAUGCCAUGGCAGCAAACUCACCCAGCACACCGGGAUUCAAUGCGCCUGACAUGUCGUUUACAUUUGACCCUCAACAGCACUCGCCCAUAGGCCGAAACAGUGCAGAUUCCAGUAACAGCAGUGCCAACAACAAUAAUAAUAGCAGCAAUGAGCCUACGAUUCACCCAGCAUUGCACUCAAACCCAAUGUCAUCGCAUCACCAGCAACAACAGCAGCAGCAAUCACACAGAGGUGGGUCCAUUACACCACCCAACGUUCAGCAACACCAAGCCCCUCAGCAGCCUUCUACGCCCAAUGCACCUAACGCUGGUAAUGGCAGCAAUCAAGGCAUGUAUUCCAUGUCUCCAUCAGGUAAUAAGUCCCAAUUAGGGAUAUCACCAAAUACUGGUACUACUUCGAUGAUGUCGCGAUCGAUUUUACCGUCUGUAGAACAGCAACAACCGUAUCAUCCACAGCAGCCACAGCAGCAGCAGGGCCUCUUUAUGCGUCAAUCACCACCUCAACAAGCACCACACCACCGUCACCAUCACCAUCAACAUCACCCUCAUGCCAUGCAACAGCCGCCUACACCCACUACGUCUCAUCAUCACCAUGCGAGUUCCGCUGGUAGUAUAUUGCCUCUGUAUCAACAGCAACAAACGCAGCAGCAACACCAGCACCAUCCUCCUCCAUCUUCAGAGCCAAGAAAUUCGUAG